CCGCGUGACACAUCAGAAAAAAGACUCGAUGAAAACAGACAGCUCGACGGGCAGCGGCGCUCACACGGCUGUCAGGAGGAAGACACCCAUCGGGAGGAACCGGGAGUACUGGAGCUCGUUGCCUCCGACUAUAAACACAACAGACCGACAUUUUGGUUGUUGAGAUUUCAACGUUUGGCUCUCGAGGUGUUUCUGUGUGAUGGAGCUUCCGGAUUUGGGAGAGCACUGCUCCGAGAAAACCUGCAAACGUUUAGAUUUUCUUCCGAUGCGAUGUGAUGCCUGUAAAGAGAUUUUCUGCAAGGACCACAUCGCCUAUGCAACUCACAAAUGCAUGUCGUCCUACCAGAAGGACAUCCAGGUCCCAGUAUGUCCUUUGUGUGACAUCCCCAUUCCCGUCAAGAGGGGAGAGAUGCCCGACAUUAAAGUCGGUGAACACAUUGAUCGGGAUUGCAAAUCGGACCCUGCGCAGAGAAAGAGAAAGAUCUUCACAAAUAGAUGUUCUAAAGGAGGCUGUAAGCAGAAGGAAAUGAUGCGAGUUACCUGUGACCAGUGUCAUUCCAAUUACUGUCUUAAGCACCGGCACCCACUUGACCAUGAUUGUAAGACUGAUGGGAAACCUGUGUCCAAAUCUGGACAUUCUGCUUUAAUGAGGGCCCAAGGUGCUUCCUCCACCUCAACUUCAUCAUCAUCAUCAUCAGGUUCAAGAAACUCAAGACCCUUUUCUAAUGGCGUCAGUGCCAACAGCAGAGGACACAGCACUGGCACUACACAGCAGAUUCCUACUUCCGUUUCAGCACAGAAUGCGAUGCCACCAUCAGCAUCAUUUCAGGCCGGCAUGACGGAGGAGCAGGCUUUACAAAAGGCUCUGGAGAUGUCUUUGGCUGAUUCCAGACCAACAGUUCAGCCGGCCCUUACCCCUCAGGAGCAGGAGGACCAGGCUCUCGCUCAGGCGCUCGCUGCCAGUGAAGAAGAAUUCAGACGUCAGCAGCAGAGACAACAGGUACCCGGAAAGCUUAGGCGUCGGUAGCAUGCUCACAGAAACAGAGGUGAGAGAGUCCAAAUCGUCCAACUGCAGCCUUUCUUAAUCUCGGAGCACCAUUUGGACUUCAAGCUGUGCUACGUAUCUACUAGAACCUGCACAUCUGGAAUAUAGAUAUCCGGGAUCAAUGAUUGUUCAAUGAAGAAAUCCUCUUGGAAGUUGCUCAGAUAUUACCGCCUUCUACAAUAUAAGCACAUACCUUCUCAGCAGGAUCUGUCAUUUUUACUAAUCCUUGGCUAUGUACAUAUUUUAUAUGCUGAUCAUGAAACAUUAUAUUACCAUAUAUGAAUAUUGAAUAAAUUAUUUCAAAGAUG